CUCGGCGUGGAGGUUUCUCCCUCGGCCGAGUCCCCUUCCUCGCCGAUCUCCGCCGCCGCCGCCGCCGCCGCCGAGGGGAAGCCAUCCAUGGCUCUCCGCCGCGCCAUCGGGUCCCUCGCCGUCCGCUCGCAGGCAUCAUACUGCCUCCGCCGCGCCGCCGCCUCGCCCCCCACCCUCACGCCUCCUCCGCCCCCGCCUCCGUCCUUCCGCCGCCCGGUCAUCGUCCCACGCCGCUCCUUCGCCGCCCCGCCCCAGCACGUCAAGAAGGUGGCCAAGCACGACGACGACGACGCCGGGCCCCGGCUCAACAACGACAUCACCGCUCCCUUCCUCCGGCUCGUCACCGACCAAGGGCAUGAUGUUGUCCCCAGGCACGAGGCCCUUCAGAUGGCUGCCAGGAUGGGGCUGGACCUGGUUGAGGUUGACCGGAAAUCGGACCCUCCGGUUUGCAAGAUCAUCGACUUCCACAAGGAGAAGUACAUCAAGGAUGUCAAGGACAAAGAGCGCCUAAAAGCCAAGUCUGCUAUUACUUUGCGUUGUGGAGAUAUCAAAGAAGUGCGGUUUAAGGCGAAAACAGAAAUUAAAGACUUGAAGGUGAAAGCAGAUGCAAUUACCAGGCUGAUGGACCGUGGUUACAGGGUGAAGUGCAUGGCGAUGCCCGCAGGUAACGAAGCCGAAGAUUUAGGCGGACCGCUAUCUCGCUUAUUAGGACUGAUUCAAGAUGUCUGUACCGUGGAAAGCGGGCCGCAUUUGGACUCCAAGCAUGCAUAUGUUAUUGUCAGGCACGUGAAGUUUGCAACCAAGAAAGGUGGAAAGAAAGCAAGCAAGGCCAUGGAAGACGCAAGCAAAGGCAGCCCCCGCACCGCUACCUCCGAAUCGCCACCCGCUGCUACUGAUAGCGGGGACGACACAAGUGAACAUGGUCUGGAAGCUGAGGAUGUUGACAAAGCUCCCGCCUAUACCCCCCGUGAAUCUUCACCGCAAAAGAAAGGGCAAGAUAGAGGGUUUAGAGGCAGCAACCGCGGUAACUUGGACAAGAGCACUGGUGCUGGAGGAAACAGGAUUAACCCUGGUCAGGGUGGACCACAACCAUCGCAAUAUGGACUUGGUUCCAGGAAUGGUAGUCCUGAAAUGGAAAAGCUAAAGCAGGCUAAGGCUAAUGAAGGCAUGACACCCGAGCAGACAAACAGGUAUGCCAGCCGUAGGCAGCAGCCCGGAGGCGUAGACAGCCAAGGCAGACCACCACAGCAGGACCCUAGGAGAGGUGAACAUGAAGGCCGCUAUCAAAGGCCUCCUUUGGAACAGCCGAGCCCACCACCGCCAAGGUUCAACCAAGGAAGACCCCCGCAGCAAGACCUGAGAAGAAACGAGAACAACGAAGACAGGUAUUGCCGUCCCCAGGACAACCAAAGGCCACCUCUGCAACAGCCUGGCCCGCCGCCCCCAAGGUUCAGCCAAGGCAGCAGACCCCCGCAGCAGGACCCGAGGGGAAACGAGAGAGGAGGCCAUGUCCCGCCGUAUAGCAGCCAGCGGCCGCAGUUCCAGCAAUCGAAUCCGAACGCCGAGCCAUCAGCAGGGAACCCUGCUUCGACAGCAGCCAGAAGCGUGGGCGUAUUCAGCAGCCGAAAGCCAGGCACGGCAUCCGAGCCGAAGAAGACGGCGGACGGCGGUCUGUCUGGUGGUGCCGGUAAGCCUGCCGAUACCGGCCCGGCCAAAAGCUUCGGGAUAUUCAGUAAACCUAAAAAGGGAAGCUCAUGAGAAAGAACGAGGUUGGCGGCGACGCUUGCGAAGAACGAUACUAGGUUUUUGUGGCGAAAGCCGCGAUACAAGAGAGGAAAUAACUAAUAUUCUGCCUUUGAGGAUGUGUUUUUCGCGGUGGCUGUCUAUUUGACACGGGACGGUUGGAAAUUGACUAGCAAGCAAUGUACUACCAUUUUGUUGUUAUUAUUCAUUUGGCCUAAAUAAAUAAUUGAUGAACAUCAUUAUUGGUUGAUCUUUAUGCAAACACAAGAUGAACCCAUGCA